CCACAGUCCGCUGCUUCUAUCAAGGCAUAAACAAUAGCUUUCUCCGCCGGCACCCAGAACACAAAAGAUUUUAUCGCUUCCAUUAAACCCACAGAGUCCUGAGACCAGGGGGACAGGUGCCAUGUCUUCUAUCGAGACCUAUCAGAACCUCCCACCCGUAACCGAUAUUCUCUUCAAGCAGAAAAAGGCCAAAGGACUGAGCUUUGAAAAACUCGGUGAACUCCUGGGGCGCGAUGAGGUUGCUGUUGCUGCCAUCUUUUAUGGCCAAGCUCAUGCCUCUCUUGAUGACAUCAAGAAACUCGCCGAAGCGUUGGAAUUGAACGAGGUGGUGGUCGCGAAUGAUUUGGAAGGAUUUCCUGAUCGGGGGAGAACACUGGACAUGCCUCCGAGAGAGCCAUUGAUCUACCGUCUCUACGAAAUUGUUCAAAACUACGGGUUGGCAUACAAGGCGAUUUUGAACGAGAAGUUUGGUGACGGGAUUAUGAGCGCUAUCGCCUUCACUACAAAGGUGGAGAAGGAAACUGAUGACAAGGGAGUCGAUUGGGCAGUCAUUACCCUAAGGGGUAAAUGGCUACCAUAUUCUCGAUUCUGAGUAUGAUAAUUAUGUGGAUAUCAUUGAGGAACCGGGAAAUUUCACUGAUAUCUAGGGCAUUUUGGAUAGGGUAACUCCAUCGCAAAUAAUGAAUUUAGGAUUGGGGAGGAAUCAUGAGAUAAAAUAUGAUGAAUGGUCAUGGAUCACAUUUACUUUCCAGCCCGUUGCUGUACCCGUAUAUCUCGAUUAAGGUAUCUAUCCAGGCUAUUGUAAGCCAUUGAUAUCUAAACUGCAUACUGAAAUAGAAAGACUCGCCCGAGGUGACCGCUUU